AUGACUAAAGAUUUUUCGACUGAUCAGCUGUUCUCUUUGACCAGCACUGCGGUCGAACACGGACAUGAACACGGACAUGAACACGGACAUGAACACGGACACGAACACGGACAUGAACAUGGACAUGCAGACAAUCAUUCAUCAGCAGUUCCUGACCGCUGUCAAGGCAUCGAGAUGGACGCCGUUACUGUGAACGAGGAUGGAAUCCCCUACUUUUUCCACUCCGGGUUCCUCUUCAAGGGCUUCCACGGCGCGGCGGAGCGGGCCAACGAGACGUUCACCGAGCUGGACGAGCACCAGCACUUGGGCCACGUGGACGCCGCGUUCCGCCUGCACUACGAGGAUCACCCCACCGAGCACAACAACAUCAUCUUCUUCCUGGACACCCAAAUCUUCAGCUACUACCAACACAAGCUGGAAGGUGGUUAUCCCAAAAACAUCUCUGAGGUCUACCCUGGAAUCCCCGACCACCUGGAUGCCGCCGUGGAGUGUCCCAAGCCCGAGUGCGAGGAAGACUCUGUCAUCUUCUUCAAGGGAGAUGAGAUCUUCCACUUCAACUUCAAAACGAAGGCAGUAGAGAUGAAGGAGUUCACGUCCAUGCCCAACUGCACGUCGGCGUUCCGCUUCAUGGAGCACUACUACUGCUUCCACGGACACAACUUCUCCAAGUUCGACCCCAAGACGGGCGAGGUGCACGGCAGAUACCCCAAAGAGGCCCGCGACUUCUUCAUGAGAUGCUCCAAGUUCAGUGACGACAGCGACCACGUGGAGAGGGAGCGCUGCAGCCGCGCUCACCUGGACGCCAUCACCGCCGAUAACGAGGGAGACAUGUUCGCCUUCAGAGGCUCCUAUGUUAUCAAGAAAGAAGUGAACGACACCCUGAAGGUGGAGCCCAUCGAGCUGACCUUCAAGGAGGUGAAGAGCGACGUGGACGCCGCCUUCACCUUCAAGGACGACCUGUACCUGGUCAAGGACGAGCACGUCUUUGCGUACAGGGUUGGUGAGAACCACACCCUCCUGGACGGAUACCCCAAGACAGUGAAGGAGGAGCUGGGCAUCGAGGGCCCCAUCGACAGCGCCUUCAGCUGCGACGAGCAUCAGCACGUGCACGUCGUCAAAGGUCAGUUAAUGUAUGACGUGGACAUGGCAGCCAGCGAACGCAACGCCACCAACGAGCGGAGUAUCAUGUUCCCCAGCGACGCCGCCAUGUGCGGCCCGAGAGGAGUGACGCUGGUCAAAGGAAACCACUUCUACCACUUCGACACCCUGAAGCUGCUGUUCAGCAGGGCGGUGCCCGAGCGGCACCAGGUGUCGCUGGAGCUGUUCGGCUGUGACCACUGA